CGUUAUUAUUUUCGAUCAAGUCCCUGCACAGUUGUUUUAAAGAAAUUAAAAGAUCCUUCAACAUUUGAAUAUAUGCUUGUAGAACCCACGUCCAUAUGUGACAGAUGUCUCUCUAAUGUAUUAAAAAAUGAGUUUUCUAACUGGACUAGUGGAAAUUCACAAAUUGAUAAAUUUAUUCAAGACGCACAGCGUGGAUUCGGUGCUGUAUAUUUUGCAAAAUGGGAUAAAGGUGUAAAAUGUUUUUUCGUGAAAGAUAAAGACAAAUAUCAUACUCGAUCUGAGCCCUGUGCUGUUGCUUUAAAGCAAUUAAAAAGCGAAAAAGACUCAGUUCAUCUUUUUCUUAAGGAGGUUCAAGCACAAUUUGAUUGUUGUCAUUUAUAUGGAGUUACUCAAGAUCCUUCGACAUCACAAUACAUGUUCGUAAUGCGAUAUGCACCGCAAGGGGAUCUUGGACGAUUCUUGAAAAAAAAAUUUGAUAAACUAUCUCUAAAAAACAAAUUAAGUAUAGCACAAUCUAUAUGUGCAGAACUUCAAAAUAUUCAUGCUAAAGAUAGAAAUUCAAGAAGUCAAGAAGGAUGCCAAUUAGAUCCAAGACAAAAAAAAUUUAAAAUUUUAACUUCAUCUGGUUACUUGGAGGAAUUAACAUUUAAUGAGUAUAAAAGUGUAUACUUUUUAAGUAGUCUUAAUGAGGAAUUAGUAAAUGAAUUGAAAAAUUCGAACAGUGCAACUGAGAUAUAUAACAUUAUGAAAUGGAAACCAGACAUUCCUAUUCACAAGGAUGCAGUAUAUAAAAGUCGUAUGAUUAGUACUAGUGAUAAAUAUAUGACUAGUCGAAACAUGGCACUUCAAUACGAAAUUUGUGAUAUACCGUAA